AACGAGGAUUUUUUGCAGUACAAGACGGAAUGAAAAAGAUGAGAGAACUCUUCACCAGUGGUUGUCUUCUCUUACUUUGCUGUAUUGAAGGGAUGAUUAGGGAAGACCCUAGGACUGUUCUUUUCCAUGGUAGAGAACGCAAAAAUUGGGCAUUGGGCAAACCCACCCGCCAGUCGACGACUUAUAACCCCAUGUUUUCGUCCAGUAACGCUGUCGACGGACGACUUUCCAACGACAUGAAGUUUCGCUCCUGUAUCCACACAAGUUUUGAGAGAGAUCCAUGGUGGAUAGUGGAUCUCCAAGUGACCAUCCGUGUGAAGGAAGUUUACAUCAUGAACCGAGGCGACUGCUGUGGUCGUCGACUUAGCAAUUUCCACAUUGACGUUCACAGAGGUACCAUUGCACAACUACAGUUAGUCGGCUUGUGUCAUUACCAAAGUGAACCCCUUAAGUCUGGGAUCGCCAAGAGUUUCCGCUGCCCCUAUGACCUGAUAGGUCAGUUCGUUCGACUGUGGAUUGACCACGACCGUCAGGCUUUAAACUUGUGUGAAGUCGAGGUGUACGGGUCGAAGUACAUGUAUAUGCUCGAUCCGAGUGAUGGGUCAUGGGCGAUAAACAUGCCGGCCUCGCAAUCAUCAAGCCUAAAUAUAGGGUAUCCAGCCGCCUCUAACGCAGUGGACGGCAACUAUAACCAAGUCUUCGCUUAUGGCUCGUGCUCACACACCCGCUACGGCGACAAGAGGCCGUGGUGGCAAGUGGAUCUCUUGCAGAUGUUGAUCAUCACCAGCGUCAAACUGUACAAUCGUAAAGACUGCUGUGGUUUUGCACUCCACGACUUCCGGAUUGAUGUGUUUGCAAACGCACACGACACAGACCCUAAGAAAUGUAAUGAGCAGUUAUCGUCUCCAAUGGGGCUCGCUCGGAAAUAUAAAUGUAUCCAGGACCUUGUAGGACGCAUCGUUCGUGUCACAAAAACGAAAAUCCUCCGAGACAGAGACGUGCUGGCGUUGUGUGAAGUCAAGGUGUACGGCUGGAAACUGGUUUCAGAUCCUGAAUACCUGAAGAGUCGGGACAAUUUUGCUGUAGGCCAACGGGUGGCUCAGUCCGCGGGCACGGUCAGCGGGGCCAGGGCCGUGGACGGCAAUCUGCAUAACAACGAUGCCGGCGGCACGUGUUCCCUGACGGUCGCCAAUAGUCGAGGUAGUGGCUGGUUGACGGUGAUGUUCGGCACGAUAUACGUUGAAGCCAUCUUGCUCGUCUUCAGAGUUGACUGCUGUGAAAAUCAAGCUCCCACUCUGUUUGUGUGGGUGAACGAGAAGGUGUUGUGUGGCAGACAGCAGAAGCGGUAUGAGAAAGGCGCGGCGGUCAGUUAUCCCUGCCCUUCCGACACGCUGGGGCAUUACAUCAUCGUCACACAACGUCCGGGAACCCCUCCCACUGAUAUCAUUCCGAUAUGUGAAGUAGAGGUGUAUGGAACUAGACAAGAUAAAAACUGGGCACUGGGCGCGAAAGCGAGUGUUUUGUAUCUAACUACGGGUGACAAGCAGGUCGGACAGCCGCACGACGCCCCCCAGGCUACGGACGGGGACUUCUCGAACAGGUAUUCGGAGAACGUGUGUCCCGUACAUGUGGGGAAUUAUUUCUUCACGCUCGUUGUCGACCUACACGCAUACCUGCAUGUGGACAGGGUCGUGUACAACACUGCAGUAGGACACACUUUUACAAUGGGCAACGUGGCUGUUUGGUUAGCUAACCCGCAGGUGAAAUACAUGAACAAACACGUAUGUUACCGCGUCUCUGGAACUACUGGUGCCGGUGAGUAUGUGACGGUCAAGUGCAAGGGCUUUGGACCAGACCUCAUCGCCAGUCGAGUUAUUUUGAAAAAUACUUUAAGAGGACAGCCGAUGUUAAUCUGCGAGGUAGAAGUCUACGGAAGAUUCGCCUAUUAUGUAUAACGCCUUUCUUGUGAAGAUGUUGGUAAAAAAUAUAAUAUCGAAUAUUUAAGAAAGAAUAAAGUUCUAAAGAACGUU